UUUGCCUACAAUGUCGGCGGUUGAAGGUCUCACUAUAAUCUUUCCAUUUAGUCGAUAUAUAGCUGUUAAACCUACGGCCGACGAUACAGUAGUACAACCGCCUUUAAUUGUUGAACAUUGAGUGAGCCCAAAAUGAGUUGGCAAGUGCCUAUCACCAGUGUUUUGUUAUGUUUUUCAAUAUUUGCUGUGGAUACUGGAUAUGCUAAAUUGGCGCCCGACUACAUUCACCCUUGCAAUGAGACAUCCAGAGAAUGCUUGGUGAAAUCAACGCAAGAAGCUAUUCCAGAUUUCGUUAAAGGCAUUCCAGAACUUGGUGUUCCAGUUCUAGAUCCAUUUACCAUCGAGAAACUCUCCAUCCCAUUGAGUGGUUUGACCUUCACCUUCUAUGGAGGAAAAGUGUCUGGAUUCAGAAAAUGCAUUGUUGAUGAUGUUGUUUCCGAACUCGAAAAGCGUCACUUCGUUCUUGCAUUCCACUGCAACUUGACUAUAAAGGGUACCUACGAUGCCAACGGAAGAAUUCUUCUAUUCCCUAUCGACGGUGCGGGCAAUGCCAAAAUUAAGCUCACUAAUCUCCGCAUGAAGGUCGACAUUAAAACGAAAUACAUAAAAGAUAACAAAGGCGUCAAUCACUUUUCGUUGAAAAACUACAAAUACACCUUUGACUACGGUGAUCGAGUCUCGUUUGAACUUGAAAAUCUCUUUAAGGAGAGCAAAGAACUUAGUACAACAGUUCUUAAAUUCCUAAACGAAAAUUGGCGGAUGGUGGCAGAAGAAUUUGGAAAACCGAUAGUGGACUAUGCAGUGGAACUAGCAAUACGGACUAUCGAAAAAUUCUUUAUAGCUGUACCCUACGAAGAACUCAUAAAUGUUCCCAUUCCUAAAUUUUAGUGUGAACAAAGUAUUAUUAAUUACAUAUUAAGUAUAAGGUGAUUAGUUUAUUACAUUUUUUCUAAGAUA